UCGACCAGUUGAACGGACGCGAAUCGCGAGUUAAAACCUCUUGUUCUAAAUACUCAUAAAUACUCGUAAAGCUAAACGAUGGGUCUACGGCAUUCGAAGGCCAAGCAGAGCUAUGAAGUGAAAACUUUGGAGUUCGAAAAGCAGCCAGCCGAGAAAACGGAGGUGAACUCUGACCCCCCAGCGCCGGUCGCCAAAUCCGAACCAGAGAUUGACCGCAGCAGUUUGGUACCCAAGUGGCUGAAUGAAACGCAAUUUGUGGAAUUACUGGCUGCAAAUGAAGCUGAGUUCUCAAAAAUAGUGGGUUUCCGGGUGAAGCCUGCGAUGGCCCCCGGGGAAAACUAUGCCACACUUAUGCUGAGGGUCAGUAUAGAUGUGGAGCUCACUGACAAGAGCACCAAGCUGGUCUCGUUUAUGAUGAAAGUUCCCCAUGACACUCCGCAAAUGGAUCAAAUGAUGGCCAUUGCCAACUUCUUCAACAGCGAGAAUACGGCCUAUAUUGAUGUUCUACCGAAACUGGAGGAGCUCUAUAAGGCCAAGGGUCUGGAUAUCCAUUUUGCCCCACAAGCAUUCCGAUUGGACGCCACCAAGGAGCCCAAGCUGGCCAACACAGUGCUGAUGACCGAUCUCGGCCAGAAUGGGUACAAGAACUUGAAUCGUCUGGAGUGCCUUAACUUGGAACAAGCCAAGUUUGCCCUGACGAAAUUGGCCCAGUUCCAUGCAGCCGGUGCCAGGAUGGUUGAGGUUAAUGGACCCUAUCCUGAUGUCUUCGUUUACGGCAUGAUGGGAAAUAACCAGGAUGCCAUUAAAGCGUUUUUGGAGGGAAUGUUGGGAUCUUUUCGAACGGCGUUUUUGGCCAAUCUCGACAAGUUCAAGAACGGAGAGGCCUAUCGCGAGAAACUUGAAAAAAUUCUUGCUGGUCUAACUACGGAGUUCAUGAAAAUCGGUAUCAUCGAUCCCACUGAGUUCAAUGUGCUAGGUCAUGGCGAUUGCUGGAUGAAUAAUCUGCUAUUCAAGGUGGACGCCCAGGGAAAAUUGGAGGACAUGGUCUUCGUCGAUUUCCAGAACCCCAAAUACGGCACCAACACCAUGGAUCUAAUGUACUUCAUCAUGACGUCCGUGCAAAUAGAACAUAAGCUGGAUUCCUUUGACUUCCUAGUCAGACAUUACCACGAAGAGCUGACGAAGCACUUGGAUAUUUUGGGAUUUACUGGCCACCAGCCUUCGUUGAGGGAAAUGCACACUAAGAUAAUAAAGUACGGAGGAUGGGUGCUGUUCCCAGCCAUUGCAGUGCUGCCAGUGGUUCUUCUAGAUCCCACCGAGUCGGCCACAUUCGAUAAUUUCAUGGGAGACUCGGAAGCUGGAGUCAAUUUCAGGAACGUUUUGUACGCCAACAAGCGGUAUCAAGGAUAUAUCGAAAGAAUUCUGCCCUGGCUGGACAAUCGUGGUUUCCUAGAACCGAGCACUAAACCAAUCCCUGCUCUACUGGAACCAACGGAGCCUUUAAAGCAAUCCCAGCCUGAGAAUCCUGAUCAGAUCCUAGACUGGCUUAAUGUGAGUGACUUUAAGGACAUCAUUUCAUCCAGCGAACCCAAUUUCGAGAAGAUUGUAAGCGGUUCUUCAAAGUCGGCCACGAAACCUGGGGACAACUUUGCUUCAACGCUCUUGAAGGUUGAUAUUGAGGCACAGUUGAAAGACAAAAGCCUCAAGACCUUUUCGUACAUCCUGAAAGUGCAGACAGCCAAUGAAUUUAUCAAUUUCGCCGACCUUAAUCUUUUCGCCAAGGAGAUCGAGGUGUACAGCGUUUAUGUACCCGCUUUCGAGCAGCUCUACAAGGACGCUGGAUUGCCGGUCACUUUUAGCGCCAAGUCCUACCGACUCAGCAAGGAGGUCAAAGAGGAGUAUCUGAUUUUGGAUAACCUGCAAACUGGCGGUUUCACCAUGGUCGAUCGCAUGAAGGGAAUGGACUUGGAGCACAGCAAGUGCACGUUGAAGAAAUUGGCCCAGUGGCAUGCAGCCUCUCUGAAAUACAAGGAACUCAAUGGAGCCUACCCGUCGAAGUACAAUAAUGGCAUUUUCACAGAACAAACUGCAGAGAUUUACAAGGGUAUGUUUGCUCAAACGAGGAGGCCGUUUUUGGAGGCAGUCUCCAAGUUUGACGGCGUCGAUGAGUAUCUGGACAAACUGACGUCGGCUUUGGAUACCCAAAUCGACAAAAUAAUUGAAGACUCCAAGAUCAAUGAGAACGAGUUCAAUGUGCUCAAUCAUGGCGAUGCCUGGAUAAACAACAUGAUGUUCCAAUACGACUCUGAUGGCCAUGUCAAGGAAACCUUCCUGCUGGAUCACCAAGUGUCGAGAUACGGAAAUCCCGCCCAGGACCUUUACUACUUCAUAAUGAGCUCCACUCACCUGGAUAUCAAGGUCGAUCAGUUUGAGUAUCUCAUCCGAUGGUAUCAUCAGAAUUUGGAGGAGCACGCCCAGUUGUUGAAGUACAAUGGUUUUGUACCCUCCCUAAAGGAACUGCACAUCAUUUUGCUGGAGCACCCAACUUUUGCGGUUUCAACCAUGCUAACCACCCUGACGAUUUGCCUAAACAAGACCGAUGAGAACUUCUCGCCCAAUGACUUUAUGGCGGAAAGUAAGGAGGCGGACUCAAUGAGAUUGGGGAUGUUCAACAACGAACGUUACAGGGCGAACAUAGAGCGCGUGAUGCCGUGGUUAAACAGACGAGGACUGCUUGAUUUUUUCACCUCCGAGAAAGCCCAAUAA